AUGUCUGUUUCGGGUGGUUUGCCAUUUGACAAAACGUCGUCAACAAUUAAAUCUUGUUAUUUAUGUUCACUUUGUCAAUAUUUACUUGUCGAACCCAAAUGUACUACAUGUGGCCAUCGAUAUUGUUCUACAUGUCUUGAAAAAUUGAUAAACGAACAAUUUCCAGUAUGUUCUAUCAAAAAUUGUACUCAGGUAAUUACAAAUAAUAUAAUUUAUACAGAUUCAGCUAUGAAAAAUGAUAUGAAACGUUUGUCAGAUAUUGUUUGUCAUAAUAAAUCAAAAGGAUGUUCAUGGAGAGGAGAUUAUACAUCAUAUGCAAAUCAUCUUCAAGUUUGUACACUUGAAGGUCUCCAAUGUGAACAAUGUUCAUUAACUUUUAUUGAUCGUUUUUUAUAUGAACAACAUGGUCAACUUUGUCCAAAAGCUCUUAUUUCAUGUCCAUUAAAAAAAUUCGGUUGUGAUAUUCAGGUUCUUCCAGAAUCUAUUCAUCAUCAUAUUGAAUCAUCAUUAGUUCAACAUAUAGUGUUACUUGCUGAUAGCUUUUCGUCAUUUAUAAAUCAAUCAAUGAUAUCUUGUAAACAGUCUUUAUCGACAUCUUAUGUUCCAACAGCAAAAGAUGAACAUUUAGAUAAUCGAUCUUUACAAAAUAAAUCUGUUAAUGAAAAUCCGAUAAAAAUAAAUAUAGAUUCACAACAAUCUCUACCAUCAUGUACUAAACCAACUAUCAAAUAUGAACAAGAUAUUAUAAAUUCAGAUAUUCGUUUAAAAUUAAAUGAAGAUAAAGUUUGUAAAUUUGAAAAACAAAAUGCCGUAGAAAGAUUUCUUUCUAAUGAUAAUGGACUUUUCUGGCGUAUUAAUAACAUUCAAGAUUUAUUUCAAAAUGCAAGAAAAGCUUCUGAACCAACAUAUGUUAGUUCGUCAUUUGACAUAGAGAAUAGUUCCUAUCAAAUUUCAUUAAAAUUAUAUUUAAAUGGUGAUAAUAUAGGACGAAAUACAUAUUUAUCAUUAUAUGUUAGAAUAAUACGUGAUCCUUCUUAUUCAUACAUGAAUGGAUCAUAUCGUUAUGCACAAAUAUUAUUAUGUUUAUAUGAUAAUAGUCCGGAUCAUAAUCAUGUCAUUCAUAAAAUAACAUUAGAAAUAAAUAAUGAAUAUUUUCAACAACAAACAAUCGAUGAAAAUGAAUGGAGUAAAGUAUCAAAAUUUUGUCCAUUAUCAAUGGUAUUAACUCAUCUUACUGCAAUGAAAAGUUAUUUACCAUGUUUAAAAUUUAUUGUUUCCGUAAGUCGAAAUACAUCAGCAAUAUUAAGAACUCAUAAUGAUCAACGUGAUGCAUUAAAAUCAUUAGGUGAACAAUUUUCAUGA